ACCUUCCUAAAAACUCAUAAGAUAGAUAUGAUACCUCAGAAACACCCUAAGCAUAAGUUCAGGAUUGACAAUCCCAUGGAUAUUGACUACUUUGAUAACCAGGCCGAUCAGUUAAAAGAGAAGAAAUUAGCUCAGGAUGACGAUUCCUCAGAGCCCAAGGUUAUCAAUGUGAACCUUGAUGACUCUCACUCUAAAACUGAGGAUUGCCGAAGGAGUACAAACCAGCUUCGCUCACCUAAAACUUAUGAAGAGUACGAGAAGCCUAAAACUUACAUUAAAUAAGAUAAUCAGAGGUAAGGAAGUAGAAACCUUCAAAAAUUAUGAAGACUACAAACCUGUGAGCGAAGUCUUUGGUGGGUAUAAGCAGAGUCCCAAGAGAGAUAUGAAGAGUUACCCCAAAACUGUAGAGAACAAGUAUCUAUCAAAUUCAAUCAGCUACGAUGGCUUGCUUUCACCAAGUGAUCAUAUGGACAGAAGCAAAUGCUCGAAUUUUGUCAUAGCUCCUAGCUCCCUGAAUGCCAGAAAUUCCUCUAAGAAUUUAGGUGGGAGGAAUUCACCUAAUAGCAAGAUGCAAAACUAUACUUACUUUUCAAAGAGGAAAGGCUCACCGAAUGAAAAUAAAGCAAAUUCUACAUUUAGCCAAGAUUAUACAAUGAAGCUCAAGUUUGGCGCAGCUGAAGAGAAAAGAGUUAGAGGAGAAAGGAAAUAAUAAUGAUUACACAAUGGACUAUGAACUUGAAGAUGUGACCAACAGUCAAUUCACAGAUACUCAGAGCACCCCUAAAGAUCUAAAAAGAACUAAAAGUACAAGAAGAGUUGGCCGAAUGACCAGACCUUUAGAGAGGAAGACUAAUUUAUACACCUCUAACGGAUUUUCACUAGCUUAUUUGAGUCCUUCUAAGAAUAGGAAGACCAACCAAGAUUCUUCAAUUCACAAAAUAGAGCAGAGUAUCAGCAAAUUCGAUGACAGGAAUUCCUUUGACCCAAGACAUGCCUCUACACCAAAACAGCCUCCAUCAAUUAGCUCUGUGUAUGAAAACAAAAAGAAACUUAAUGACUAUCACAGGAACAUGAAAGGGGACAAGAGCACUAUUAGCUCCAAAAAUAUGGAUACCUGUGGUAGUGAGAAGAGCUCAGUAGCCUCCACAAAGAAUGGGAAGGUUAAUGAUUACCCUUAUCAUGGCAUCAGAAGAAUGGAGAACUUCAGUCAAAAAUUACAUACAAUUUCUAACUCUCAUGCAGCAAAAAUGCCGAACAAAGAUUCCAAGAUUCUUUCCACAAAUGAUCAUAUUAGGGAGAGGCUCGAUAGUGAUACUACUAUAAAAUAUCAACCAAUUGGUGGCUGCAAAGAAAUUUUGGAUAAUAUUACAGCCAAGGGUAAUUCUCGUAAAUACAACCCUAAAAGGCUUCAAAAAUGCAAGUCGAUCAAUGAUAACGAAAUCAAGGAUAAUAUAUCCAUAAGCAGUGCUUCGACUCAAUUCAAGAGGAAAAAGUCUGAGACUACUAAUAAAGUAAACAACAAAUCAAGCUAUACCUCCGAGAAAAAUGGCAGAGAUAAAUCUAAUUAUGGGAGCAACACAGAUCGUCCAGUAGCCAAAAAGACCACUUCAAGGUUAGGUAGCAGAAUGCGGAGUCCUAAAAAUAAGCCACCGAAAGGAAGAACUAGCAUCUAUCCAGGAACUAAAACAUCGAAUUGUUCAGGAAAAGACUCAAGCACAGCUAAGUCCUUGGAGAAGGCCAAAGCUGAGCAAAUAGAAGCACUGAAGAAGAAAGAGCUCAAGUAUAUUUCAACCAUAAAGCAGCUUGACUCUGAAGUUAAUGAUUUCAAGAAAGUUGCUGCCAAAAUGCAGCAAAGACUGCAAAAAGCAGAUGAACUCAUGAAGAAGUGUAAUCAGUUCAACCUGGUGUUCCUGAAUUAUUACAAAGAUUUUGAGAAAUUCGUGCAAGAAGAAAAUAGCAAUCAGGCAUCCUUUGAAGAAUCCAAGUAUCAGCCACUUCAAGACCAUCUGAGAGUAUGACUCAAUCUCUUAGAUUUUGAAGAACAAGAGGACGGAAGUGAAAUAAAUGAGUCAAUCUUCUCAGAACUUGACAAUCUUUGUAAAAAAUAUGAAGAGCAUUCCAAGAAGAAAUCUGAUAUUGGAUAUCAUAAAGCUUCAAAUUCAAAACUAUCCUGAGAUGAGUUCUGCAAUAUAGUAUCAUCAUCAAAUGAAGUGGAUAAGACAAAUGAGUGUUCAAGUCCGAUCUCAAUGUCUAAUAGGAGUUCUAACCGGAACGAGUCCUUCUCUUUCAACUGGGGGAACAGCUCUCAGAUUGAUAUCGAAGUCGUCAAGAAAGACUUUAUCAAACUGAGAGAGGAGAACAAAUACCUUAAGAAGAGAAUUGGAAAUACCUCUUCAAUCUCUGACCUCAAGUGAGAGAUAUGUCCAGGAUACCUUGAAAUUAUUGAUAAAUUAACUAACGAGAAAGACUCCUUGGAGGCAGAACUGGGUUUCCAAAUCUCUGAAAUCACUGAUAAAUAUGAGGAAUGUGAGGCUGAACUCAAAGCACUUAAUAUAAAACAUGACCACCAAAGAGAAGAACUUUUAGAGAAAGUAGAGCAAGAAGGAGAAUUGAGAAGUAAGGUCUCCACUUUGGAAAAGAAGAACAUAGAUCUUGAGACCACUAUUAAGAAGAUUUCAGAUUCGAAGGAUGGCUAUGAAGUGCUCAACAACACUGUUUCUGAUCUAUCCUUAGCACUGAUAGGGAAGAACAAGAAGGAUCUCUCAAAUUCUCAAAUCCAGUUGAUCAAGAACUUAUUCUCAGAUGCUCAAAUAAAGGCAGUUGAUGGAUUCAAAGAGCGGAUAAAAACACUUGAAGAUGAGAAAUCUACAAUAAUGGGCCAAUCAAAGUCCAUAGCUGCUCAAAAUAAAAUUAUGAUGAAGCCGCUCAAAAGGUACUCCAUUGCUGUUAAAGAGUGAGUAGAACUCUACAAAGUUUUAGGGCUUUCUGAAAAACUACUUACUGAUCUUGAGAAGCAAACUCAGUUACAGAAGCAUGCUAUCAGUUUUGUUCAUGAAUACGAAGAGAACGUAAAUGAGGUCCUGCCUAUGAUAAACACAUAUGCUGAUAAUUUACGUGAAAGUAUGGAAGAAAUCGGCCGAUAUAGUGAAGGCUUAGAAGUAUUGAAUGAAAAAUUUAAUAUCCAAACCAGCCCAGCUGAAAAACGUUCACCACAACAAUUUGACUACCAAGAGCUGAAUAUACCAAAUCCUUUGUGUAGUCCAGAGUCAAAUAACUACGAUUCAACCAGUAGGAUUGGGUUUUCCUCAGUUCUUAAUACUGAAAACCAAGAUAUGACUCCUAAUAAGGAUUAUGACUUCUUCAGAGAUCCUCAGUUAAAUCUGUUCCAGACCUUACAGGAUGUAGAUAAGCUUGAUCUUGACCAAGAGAAAUCUAAAGAGCUGAAGUCAAGUAAAUAAGGGCAAAAAGAAGCAUAAGAAAAAGACAGCCCAAAAGAAACGUAAAAAAAUGAUAGAGGAAACCCUUGAAGAACUAGAGAAAUUCAAUACAGAAGAAACUCCCUUUGAAGUUGCUCCACUAGAGAAUCAAAAUAAACUUGUGGCACUGGAAAACAACACUAUUAAGGAAGCCGAUGAGCACGAUGAAGAAGAUACCCAGUUUGAUAAGGAUGGUAAUAGGAUACGUAGGUCUAAUCACUCCAUGCAUGAGAGUGGCCAUAAGACAAAACAUUCAAUGAAUGACAUUAAUUUCAUUCCAGGUGACCAGUUAAAGUAUGAUAUCGAAGAAAUCCCUCAGGACCCUAAAUUUGCCAAAACUCAAGAAAUAGACUUUGACAGAGUUAUGUCUGGAGAAAAUUGCUCACAAGAGAGUGAAUCAGUCAAGGUUGAAGAGGAUCUACUUAAUGAUAGCAUCAAAUUCGAUGAUAAUCUCCUAUAAUUUUCCAAUAAUUUAUCAACAAUC